CAGCUUGCAUGUUCGGCAUUAGUUGCUUGUUUUACCUGCUCUUUGUGGUGACCGUUUAGCUAAAAGUAGCCACAUUUAUCUUGUCAGUGAAAGCUAUUCGAUUAAGCGAGUGUAAAGCUUCCAUGCUAACCAGGUAACGUUAGCUAACUCUUAUAGCUGUGGUAAAGGACUGAGCGGUGUCGCAAAAAACUUUCGAGGCUAGGGACAUCCAACAGUUUACCCCCAGAGGCAGUGGUGAAAGAAGACAGGUGGACAAAGAGGGAAAAAAAGGACUAAAAUGCAUCAGACUCCAUAACAUCACUGCUGCACAUGGCUUUGUUGAAGAGAUGCAAAAUGGGAAAGGAGCUCUAUCUGCAGAGAAUUUGGAGGUGGGAGAGGUCUCUACAUACGGCCCCGGCCAAGUGCGGUGACACCUCGGUGAAAUACAUGGGGCUUCUUUUUGGAAUGAGUUGAUUUUGUCCCCAUAUUGGCACAAAGACUGAACGCAGGGGUCUCAAAAGUCCCAGGGGACACUGCUUGGCUAUUUGAGCUAUUUUACUUGUAAAGGCAAGACUAGACAUCAUUUCAUUUUUUAUUUUUAUUUCUUAUUUUUAUUUUUUUAAUCAGAUUUUGAAAAAUAAAUUCCAGCUGGACUUUUGUUUGAUGUUGAGCUGUUUCCUGCAACUGGUUUAAAAGUGAAUUUGUUUGUUUAGAUGUUUUCCCCUGCUGACUUAAUUCGAAAAGCUGGAACUGUCUCGCCUGCCGCCAUCCUCAGUUUCUUCCACCCACCCAGUGCCUAAAUAACCUGUUUUGGGACAAUCGCAGAAGUCAUCAGCACCUGCUACGCUCAAUCCUCUGCCUGUUCUCCUCCAUGUGCUUCUGUUCUCAGCCUGCUGGCUAUCCACCCACUACCUCUUUAAUUUUUUGGUCUUUUCUUUUUCUAUUCAUUUUCUCUGAGAGGCGUAAUCAGAACUCGAUCACAGUGACGAGCAUUAAUGUAAACACUGACUUUCAGGAGUGGAGAGAAACCUAGAUUGCUCUAAUUUUAGUCGCGUAUGAGAGUGUCUGCACUUUUGAGUACAUGCACAGCAGUGUUAGGGUUGCGCUGGUAACAGGGAACAGCUUAAGAUUAGAUUUAUUUAUAUUGUUGCACCAAAUACAUUUACAUUAAAGCCAUACAAAAAUAUUUAUGAAUUACCUAAACAUAUUUUUGUAUUACAUUGCUCUUGUGUAGUUUUGCUUUUAUACGCUUCUAAUAAGAUUAUGCACACAAUUUAAAUAUUUACAACAAAUUGCACACAUGCAAGUAGAGCUGUAUAUUGUUAUAUAAAUAAUUCUCCUUUUUUUGUUGUUGUGAUUUUUGAGUCUAUUAGUGCUGGGAGACAUUUUGUGUGUAGACACAGAGAAUCCCUCAUGUUUCUAAUGAGUUGCUGCUUUGCAUAGUGUUGGGUUUUCUUUUCCAGUAUAUAGUAAUGGCCCCACCUUCCAAACAAACACCAUAUUUGCCAUUUUGACCUGUAAAGUACCUCUUAUAGUAGGUAGACAGUAGAUAUCUACCUCUCUCUCUCUGUCCCCCCCCCCCCUCUCUGUUUCUGAUGCCGGGCUUCAGUGGUGGGGGGGUUGGGGGAGGAGUAGGUGGCCCCGCUUCUGCUCCUCCCCGUCCAUUUCGACCCAGCCGAUAUGUCCCAGUGUCUGCGGCCACCACUUUCCUUGUCGGAUCCACCACCCUGUUCUUCUGCUUCACGUGCCCGUGGUUGUCAGAGUAUUUCUCCUCUGUCAUUCCCAUUUACAAUGCAGUGAUCUUCCUCUUCACCCUCGCCAACUUCUGCAUGGCCACUUUCAUGGACCCUGGAGUCUUCCCCAGAGCGGAGGAGGAUGAGGAUAAAGAGGAUGAUUUCCGCGCACCGCUCUAUAAGACAGUGGAGAUCAAAGGCAUCCAGGUGCGCAUGAAGUGGUGCUCAACCUGCCGCUUCUACCGCCCGCCGCGCUGCUCGCACUGCUCAGUCUGCGACAACUGCGUGGAGGAUUUUGACCACCACUGUCCUUGGGUGAACAACUGCAUUGGUCGGAGGAAUUAUCGCUAUUUCUUCCUCUUCCUGCUAUCACUUACCACCCACAUCAUGGACGUAUUUGGCUUUGGCUUGGUUUAUGUCCUGCACCACCGCCAACAGCUGGACACACCACAUGCCGCUGUUACUAUGGCUGUGAUGUGUGUGGCUGGUCUGUUUUUUGUCCCUGUCGCUGGCCUGACUGGGUUCCACGUAGUGCUGGUGGCCCGCGGCAGGACCACAAAUGAACAGGUGACAGGAAAGUUUCGGGGUGGCGUUAACCCUUUCACCAAUGGCUGCUGGAGGAAUAUUUCACAUGUGCUCUGCAGCUCCCAGGCCCCCAGAUACAUGGGCCGGUGGCGGAGCCCUCAAUCAAUGGAAGUACAGCCACCAUUUCUUAGACCGCCUCUCACUGAGGGUCAGCUAGAAGCCAAGGUCCUGGACAAUGGCAUCCAGAAUGACCGACACAGCACCAGGUCCAAGAGCAGUCUAGAUCAGAUGGAGAGCCAGUCCGCUGAUGCAGAGCCUCCACCUCCUCCAAAGCCAGAACUGCGUUACCCUGGCCUGCCCCGUGCUGACACAGAGGAGAGCAGUUUGUUGACUGAAGCUCCACCUACGCCAUCAAUGUACAAGUACCGGCCAGCCUACAACAGCCCAGGAAGGAACCACACUGCCCUCACACACCCCAACAAGAUGAUUCGUGGGGAGAGUCUUGACUCUCCAUCUCCCUCCAUCCUGCAGUCCAGCCGUCAGCCUAGCUACCGCUCUGAGCCGAGCAGCCUGGACGGGGCCACAGUGGUGGGGGGAGGUGUAGGGGUGCGCAGAGGGGGAGGGGAGAGGGGUGAGGGCCCCGGAGGCCCUGGUGGGACUGCUGGGGGGGUGUCGGGGGGCAUGUCGGGUUACUCCCUGACAGGGCGCUCCUACACCUCCUACCCAUCUUCUCUCAUUCUGUCCACUGGUGGCUCACGCUCCUCCAGCCUCCGCUCAGCGCACACAGCACAUAACCCGCUGGCCACGCUCCAAUCAGAAGGCACCACAGACACCAGCUACAAAAGCUUGGCCAACCAGACGCCUCGGAAUGGCAGCCUGUCCUAUGACAGCCUGCUGACACCAUCUGAGAGCCCAGAGUUCGAGUCAGCCGCCCACGAGCUGUCGCCGCAGAAGCCUCAUGCUCUGUUUCCCUCGGCGACUAUAACAGGCCAGCCUGAGGUGGUGUCACCCAGUACCCCGCUGCAGGGCUAUAUGUCGCCCUUCCUCUCAGCUCAGAUCGCCCAGCAGAGGGAGGGGCAGCUGCUCCAGGGUUCUGCCACUUUUUCCUCCCCCCACAGGGCAUACCUGCGUGCCGUCAGCCCGCCCCCUCCCUCUUCCGCUGGGCCUCCUGAGACCCAGCACCUGCUCCAGCAUAACCAAGACUCCUCUUCCCGAGGUCCUCGUAACCCUUCCUCCUCAUCCUCAUCCCCUGGGGUUCGCUCACUAGAGCCUGCCGUUUCCCCGCCACCUCGAGGCCUCUCCCUCAGCAAGUCCCAGUCCUACACUGGGGAGGCAGGGCCACAGCACAAGCCUCGACCCGUAGGAGGAGGCAGUGUGCUGGGAGGGGGAGGAGCCGGAGGAGGGCAACAGGCUCCACAAUCCACCUCUCGCCCAGUCUUGGCCAAUCACACCACAUCCAAACCAGGGGGCGGGGUGAAGAAGGUGACAGGUGUUGGAGGGACCACUUACGAGAUAUCGGUUUGAGUGACAGAUGUCCUCCAUGGUCUAUCACAAAGAGGGGGAGGAAAAUUCACUGGACUACUUCGACUUGUCUCUUCAUUGAGCUGGAUAUUAUCCACGACUGCAGGCUCCUGAAAAAUGACGGUUUUCCACUGCAAUGGACUAAAGGAGGAAUCCUGUCUGGUACUCACUUUGUUAUCUUUGUAACACCACUGGCCAUUCUUCAGCCUUUCAGAUUUGAACAAAGAGGAACUGGGGACACUGGUUAAUUUUUCACAGGAUCAGUUCAUGUCCAUUUAGCCACUUUGUGAGCCAUAGACUGAUGUGACUGUAUCAUCACGGCUGGGUACAGGUAUGUCUAUAGAACACGCAUAGCUAUUCAAUGAUUUGCUGUUUUACUUUGGUACAUUAGCACAGUACAGAGUACUGACAGCGGUGUCCAACACGUAAGGAAAGGAUGGCCUUUAUCCAGUGGAUGUAAAAUUAAAGAGGGAGGAUUGAGGACUGUUGACCAAUAGAAACGUCUUCUUUUCCACUGUCUGAAUGGCCCACACAGCCUGUUAAUUGAUAAGAGUAGUGGAGACAAGAGUCCAACCUAUAAACACAGAAUCCUUUUAGUUUUAUAAAUCUUUUUUUAAAUAUUGUUUUAUAUACAUGUAUAAAAUCUUACAGAUUACUAUUGGGUCAAAUUGUCAGGUAUUGAAGAUAACUGUUGAUGAGGGUGGCAGAUGUACUGUGUGUUAUUAUUCACAAAAGCGAUUUCAAAUCAGUUGCCUGUUUAUAUUUGAUGGCUGCAUCAGCCAUUCAUGAGCUCUUGCUGGAAUGUUCAUUGUCCAAAGAGAAUGAUGAUGAUCCUUUGGUGGAUAGCUGAAGUGGCAAAUAAUUGAGCUUAAUUUUUGAAAGCCACAAAGAAAUUCUGAAUCACGAUCGCAGCACAAGCAUCUUUGUGGAAUGUACGCUUGUAAUGUUUAUGCUAGAGACAUUAUGCAAAAUCUGUUUGUAGCUUUAAGAUCAUUGUAUGUCUUUUUGGUGUUUUUUUUUGUUUUUUCUUUUCUUUUCUUUUUCUUCUUUUCUGUAAUGUUUUGUCUGUCAGUCAGUUUAGAUGCUAGCAGAACCUUGUACCUUUUAACGGAUGGCCAGCCAAAUAGGGGCAGCGAGGGAAGGGCUUAUUUAUUUCACCAGACAAGAUAACCUUGUAGUUCUGGACACAAUUUCAAACCAGUCUCUACCACUUUGCUCGGUUUUUUGUUUUGUUUUGGUUUGGGGUUUUCUGAGCGAGAGAGAGAAAGUGUUUUUUUUUUUUUCUGAAAAAGCUUAUAAAUGAAAUUGUGAAUGCAAUACACCACUGAGUAGAUUUUUAAGGGGGGACUGGUUUGCAACUGGAGACUGUGUUGAUUUGGUUUUUUGCCUUGAGACCAUUCAUAGUGAAACAAGCGCAUUUUUUUUCUAUUGGUUUUUAUUUUUUACACUUUUCUGAGGAAAAAAAUUAGAUUUUUGUUUUGAUUGAUUUGCUAAUUUAAAAGAAAAAAUUAUGUAAAGGUACAGUUUUUUUUUUUUUUAACUCACAGAUAUGUCGAGAAAGGAAUUAGUACAGGAAGGGAGGUGUGUAUGUGAGUUUGUCUUUCAGGAUUGGGCAUUACAGUAAAGGGUGUAUAUCUUUUUCUUUCCUUCUUUUAUAAAGGCCCACAGCUGUGUGUGCAGCAGAAUGUCAAAGCUCGAUUAAAGUAGCACAUCUUUGGGGGAAAAGUACACGCUUGAAGCACACAAGUACCAUUGUUCAACCCAAGCAACUGUGUUACAAGUUUUCAACCCUCCCGGGCUAUGUCUUUGGUGUGCAUGUGAUUUUUGUUUGUUGUGCUGAAUGCUUCACUGGCGUGCAAAUUUGUGAGAAUUUUGUCAAAUGCCUACCUGGUUCAUGUGUGGGUGGUAACAAGAAAAGAUGUAUCAUUAAUGGCAGAAGCAGCCGUCGCGCAGAGAUAAAGAGAACCUGUGUUACUUUUCUUCCUUCUCUGGCCAAAGAUGGUGGCCAUUGAACAAUUUGAAACUAUGUGAGUAUAAUAAGUAUACUUCUAUGUGAGAUAAAAUAUCGCUAUUGUGGGCUGUGAUGAAUGGAACAAGUUUCACAAAUAUCUGUAACGAGUACAUUAAAGACAUUUCCAAAAUGGCCUUAUCAAGAAUUUUUAAAAAGAUGUCUUCUCAGAAUAAAAGGUCGAACUGAUGA